UAUUCGUACGAUGACGCCAAUGCUCUGUCAUAGUCCAUUGAUAUUUUUACGUUUUACGUCAAUGGAGUUUUAGAAUUUCUAUACUGGGCUGUUUUAUAUACUAUGACAUUAUCCGUUUCCUUAUGAGACAUUAAAAUAAAAUUAAGAGAGUGUUUAUAAUUAAUUACUGAUGGAGGCAUGCGUUCGUGGAUUCUCUUUUAUGCCUGAAAAGCAAGAAUCAUGUGAGCUAAAGUUGGUCGAUAGCGAGGCGUUAGACCAAACAUGGAAACUGAGCCGACGGGAGCGCCUGAAGCAACAGGAACAAAAGAUUUGGGAGGAAUUUGUGCAAGAGCAGGAUGUCGUUACUAAUAUUUGCAAGGAUGAUCCUUAUCAAUUUAUUGACCAACUGUCCGAAGAGAAAAUAAAAGAACUUCUUGACAUUGAAUUGGAAAAGAUGAAGAAGGAAAGAUUGGAGGAAGAAAUACAGGCGAGAGAGGUUUCGCCAAAGAAAGAUGAAGGCGCUACGCAGGAGAAUGACAACCAUCACGUGGUGUUCAUUAAUGAGUCAGAUAGAGAGAAUGAAUCAUUUCAGAUAUUUGAUGAUGAAAAAGAUGUGUCAGGUGUAUCAGGUCCAGAGGACGAACUGCUAGAUGACUCACUGAGUCCACCAUGCACUGUGCGGGAACGACUAAGCCCGAACCCCCGAUAUCCGAGCCCUGAUAAAGACUCCAGUACGAAGUCUUCGGAAAAUGUGACUAGUAUGAUCGAGAGCAGCAUCUACUGCGCAAAAGUCAAAGAGUUGCGCACGAAACUGGCAGACCAAUUGGACGAGAUGACUUUAGUCCUCGAGAGACAGAACAUAUUGAACAUUGACCCGGCGGAUUUACCGAAAAUGAUGAGACGCGCCGUUGAAUUCACAUCGAGGUUUAACAGAAUUAACAUCUACCAGCUACAGAGACAGCUGCAAGAUAUAAAAAGGAACGAUUCACAAGCGAUGCCGUUCGCAAAACACACGCAAUUUCAAUCGCAGCUGGUGAGGAUUGUGUCGGUACAUCAGAACGCACUGCAUUCACUUCAGGUAUUCAUGAAGUCUUUUCCGCAAAUGCUUUGUAUCCGUGAGAGCGGUGAGGCGCUAAGGUCCCUAGCCUGUAUGGUGCAUGAAAUCACAAACGUGUGUUCUGCUCUCGCUGCCCCGCCCGCGUUGGUCGCCGCAAAUCGCCUUUAUAGUGAUGGUUUGCCGAGUGCCAAUGAUAAAUUAUUGAAUGCUGUCGAAGAUUACACAAUUCGAAUGACUGAAUAUUUGAAUAGCACUGACAAUACCAGCAUGUCAUAUUCUCGCCGUUCCAAGAGGUCGAGGCGAGGAAGAAAAUCAAUUGGAUCGUGUUCCAAGUCUGGAAAAUCAUUUGGAGAUACGGAGGCGCAACUGUCCAUGUACUCGUUGGACACUCUGCGACACCCUUCUACCAUUAAAGCGUCCAGCUCGAAGCUCAACUCGGGUGGUACAUCAAAGAAGUGUGGAAGUCUGAGCGCACGCAGUAAAGGAUCCAUGGAAAAGGCUGUUCACGUGCCGCGACGAAAACGGAGUCCUAGAUCGCGACGACCGCUAAUGCGUGACCCUCAAGCCGGAACACCCAAACCGAAGCGAAAAAUUGACAAAGAUCUGGAUGUUCCAACUCUCGUUGAAACAGUGGCACCAUGCGCCUCAAGUCACAUAAGUCGUGAUCCCAGUCCAACCUUAAAGGAUCUUACCAAAGGUAAAGAAUCUCCAAGGUCACCGAAAAAAGUGGCCAAAAGGCUUAAGAAAGAAAAGACUCCCAGAAGAAGCUCGAAGUCACCUAAGAGAAGCAUUACAAAAUCAACCGGGAAACAGUCUAUUAUUUUAGACAAACAAUUAGACUGUAAAGAAACACCUGAUGCAACUAAGGUGCCGAUGUUGAUACAAUUACAAGAAACUGAGACUCCAAAAAAAGAAGUAGAAACACCGAAAAAUGAAAUAGAGAUGAUUAAAAAAGAUACAGCCACACUUACAAAAGUUAAUGAAUCUCAGAGAAGGGGCUUGACAACGACUAAAAAGGAAACUCCUAGGAAAAUUCCCACACCUCGUAGUGAUCUUACUGUAACUAAGAAUCAAGUCACACCUAGAAAAGAAAUCAAUCGGCGGAAUACACCUCGAUUAGUAAAUGUGACCCAGGAAGAACCGAUACCACCCGAGAAACUUAGAACAUGUCGCACACCCAGAAUUAUGAACAUGGGCGGCGGAGAGAAAGAGUUGGAAGAAGAGAUAAAAGAUUCAUCAAAAAACGAUGAAAUUAAAGACACACCGAGGAAAGAAGGAUGUAAAGGUACACCGAGAAAAGGAGAAAACAGAGAUACACCUAGAAAUGAAGAAAUGAAAGAUACACCGAGGAAAGAAGAUAGAAGUGACAGAGAGAGAAGGUCAUCAACAGUUGGCGGCUGCGAGGUGAUGACGCUUCUGCGACAGCUCUGCGGUGGGGAUUCAACCGGAACGCGAAUCGAUCGUGUAUCGGGCGCAAAGAAUGGACAGCUUAUUUGUAUGAGCAGUGGUAGCCCUCGGCAACCCAGCACACCGCAGCUUUUGAGGAUACUGGAAGAGACGAUUAAGAAAAAGCCACCUCGUACAACAGGCGGGGCUUCUUCGGAAGCGGCGCUGGCGACGCGAUCGUUAGAGAGAUGCCGUAUGGCGCUUUGCGUGGACGAGAACACGGCCGAGCGCCUCUUCAGCUAUCGGACGGCUUUCCUGCAACAUAUGCUUGCUAGUCCUCUAUACGCUAACAGUGCCGUUGGAAAACCCUGGGAAGUUAUUGGCAAGGUGUCUGAACGUAUCCUGGAUGAGUUGCUCGUCUCGUGUGCGACGGAAAUGGAGCUGCAACCGCUCGUAAAAGAAAUAUACAGGAACGAGACAUCUUAGACUUGUUAUAGUUGUUUUAUAUGUUUUGGUAUGAGUUUUAAUAAAAUGUAU